AUGGGCCAGUCUCCUGUACCUGUUGCAAAGGCUUCUUCGGACGAGCGAUGUGGGCGCCGAAUUGAGUUCAGACUCGGUCUUGGGAUCACGAUUGAGAGCGUGUUUAGUUCGGCCUCGGCGUUGACUUCUGACUCAGACGUGGAAUGGGCUUUGAGCUUGACUGUGGACCCGGGAUCCAGGUUUGAGUUUGACCGUAGAAUAGACGUCUGGUUCGGGUUCGGUUUCUGGAUCAGGCUCUGGAUUCAGCUCGAGCUCGGGUUGCGUCUUGACAUUUUGCCAAACUCAGACUUUGGCUAUGUUCUCGGGUGUGGAUUCGUGUUUGAGCUACAGUCUGUUCUCGGACUCGAAAAUGGGCUCAGGAGUUAG